AUGGAUAAUAAAAGUAUAAUUCAUUUAAAACCACCAACAGACCCCACAGACGGCGCAACCAAAAAGUAUGUAGAUGACUCGAUACCUGAUACUAGUUCUUUUAUAAAAAAGGACGGAAGUGUAACAAUGACUAGUAACCUAAAUCUUGGAAACAAAAAAAUAAAUGGUAUCGCAACUCCAACAUCAAACACAGAUGCUGCAACCAAAAAGUAUGUGGAUGAUAACAUAGUUACCCCAGAUUUAAGUGAUUGCUUGGAAAAAGAUGGUUCCGUCGCUAUGACUGGUAACCUUAAUCUUGGUGGUAAUAAAAUAGUUGGUCUUGCUACUCCAACAUCAAAUACAGAUGCUGCAACAAAAAAGUAUGUUGAUGAUAAUGCUGGAAGUCCAGAUUUGAGUGAUUAUUUGAAAAAAGAUGGUUCCGUCGCUAUGACUGGAGAACUUAAUGCUGGUGGUAAUAAAAUAAUAAAUAUUGGUAAACCACUCCAAAAUAGUGAUGCGGUAAACAAAGAUUACACUGAAAAACUAGUUCACAAAACUGCAGUUCAACCAAGUCAUUAUAAAGAUGAGUUUAGUUAUCUCAUGUCAAGUGCGGCUCAAUGGACUGAUGAAAUAGAUGGAGGAGUUAGUUUCUUUAUAAGAAAAAUAGAAGACUUAUAUCCUUAUAAAGGUAAUUUUCAUGACUAUAACCAUAAAGUAAUUUUCCUAGGAAUAAUCAAAAAUUCCCAAGGUGGAUAUAAGUAUAAGAUGGGAAUCAACUUUUACAGGUUAACUGCAAAUACUGAUUACACACUAUGUCUGGAAAUACUCAACACUGAUUAUAAACUUUGGAAUAAGUCUCAAAUAAGCGAGACAAAGGAACUUCAACAGGAUUAUCAAUUGGAAAUGUUAGUGUAAGGAAACUAUCCCAUAGUUAUCUUGAUUCAAAAAAUCAACCAAAAUUUAUGUAUUACCAUAGAUUAAUAGUUAAUUUCCGGAAGUUGUCAUCUGGUAAUAAGUUCUUUCUUCACAUUUUGGUUAAUAUUCCUCAGGAUGGAACUGACCUGGCUGUGUAUCCGAGACAGUUUUUAG